AUGUCGGAGCACUUUGAUUCCGUCAGGUCAAUGAUCAACAACCUGCGCUCGGAGGAUCCGGAGGAGCGGUUGACGAGCAUGCGGGGGAUUCACCUUAUUGCCUCCACCCUGGGGCCGGGGCGCACGCGUGACGAGUUACUGCCGUAUCUCACCGACUACCUGGACGAGAACGACGAGGUGUUGCGGGUGUUUGCCAAUGCCCUGGGGACGAUGCUGCAGGAGGUGGGAGGCGUAGACCACGUGCAGAGCAUUUUGUCGCCCCUUGAGGUGCUGAGCAGUUUAGACGAAAUCACCGUGCGGGACGAGGCGGUGACGUCGCUGCAGACAAUUGGUGAGCAUAUUUUUUGUGAGCCUGGCGAGGCGGGAUUGCAAGCGCAACGCGACUUUGUCGAACUGGUGCAUCGGCUUGGCAAGGCGACCCCGCAGUGUCGCUCAAGCGCCUCCUACCUAAUCGCCACGGCGUAUCCCCAUGUUACUUCUACCAUUAAAGGGCAAUUGAUGGCCCUGCUUGUCGCCCUCUGUGAUGACGAGGAAAUUAUGGUGCGUCGUGCUGCCUGUAUUUCGCUAGGAAAACACAUGGUACGUGUUCUUGGGAGUCGAAGUACGGAGCUGAUUAACGCUUUCUUAGCUCUCGCACGCGACCCGAGUGAUGGUGUUCGCCUUCAGGUGGUGGAGGCCGCAGCAGCACUGCUCAAGGCGUUACCGUACGAUGCGCACGCAGGUAUUCUUUCGGCGGUAAAGACACUUGUGGCUGAUGCAUCGUGGCGUGUACGGUACAUGGUGGCAGAUCGGCUCGGUAAGCUUGCCGGGUCCAUGUCAGUGGCGGAUGUCAAGAGUAUUGUGCCAUUGUUUUCUUCUCUUGUGCAGGACUCCGAGGCGGAGAUUCGGGCCUCUGCAGUCUUUAGUAUGGCUAGUGUCUUUGCUGUUUGUCGUAACCCGUCAGCAAAGCGGGAGAUCUUGAUAGCGGGAUGUCGACUUGUGAAUGAUGAAAACGCUCAUGUGCGGAUGUGCUUGGCAAGUGCACUGUUGCAGUUGGUGGAAAAUGUUGCAAAAGAGCUGUGGGACACUACAAUUGUGUCAACAUGCACCCAACUGUUAAAAGACCCGGAGGCGGAUGUGCGGUUGGCGCUGGUAUCUGGAUUCAGUUCCAUGGGAAAUACACCUGAGGCGAGGGAACUGGCCCCCAAGCUUGUGCCUGUCGUUGUGGCACUUGCGGAGGACCCAAAGUGGCGAAUUCGUGAGGUCGUGAUCUCACAGGUCCCGUUCCUUAUUACCUCGCUGGGCAAAGGUGCCAACGAUGUGGUGGAUAUUUGUGUACAGCACCUUGUGGACCGGGUUGCGACGAUUCGUGAUGCGGCGGUGCGUUCCUGCUGUGCGCUGGUGACGGAGAAUGGGACGGCCUGGGCUCGGACCUUGCUCCUCCCUCGGCUUGGCGCACUGGCGUCCAUGACGAACUACCUCCACCGUGUCGCCCUCGCGCACUUUUACGAAUCACUAGCAGGUGUCCCGGGCCUGGAUCGCGGCACCGUCUCACAGCACAUCCUUCCCACACUGCGUACCCUCGCGCAGGACCCUGUGCCGAACGUGCGUCUUAACUGUGCCAAGGCACUCUUGGCGUUGAAAAGGAGCGGACAUCUGCCAGAGAGUGAGCAUGAUUCUCUGCUAAAUAGGUUGCGGAAAGAUGGCGAUUUCGAUGUGCGCUUUGCCGCAUCUGGAGACGGCACUGUUUGA